GGCCUCGGAGUCCCAAAGGAUUCCUUCCAGUUCCAAGACCUUCGACUUUGAAUAGGUUGGAGCUGCUGUGGGUGUGCUCUGCGGGCUGUAGCCAAGCAUGCUGUGUCGGGUCUGCCCCGCCGAGGAAGAGAAACAUUCGCUGGAUGGAACAUCCAUAGAAGAAAGCUGCUGCGAAAGCUCGAGACAGAUGCCAACUGGCACACCCUCAGGUACCUCUGGGCUGCCUGUCCUCCUUGGGUGAUUGCUAGUAAUUAACACACCUCGUGGAGGGGCCUUCUGAGCUUUGUACCAAAGACCCGGGAAAAUUAACCCUCUCGGUCUUUCCUGCAUCCUUGGAGACUGCCGACAGCCCAGCUAAUGUGCUGACUGGUUGCUAUGGGCAGACGGUACCCAGAGGCCCACUGUCGUCCAGGCAGCUCGUAUUUCACAUCGUAACCGAUUUGCUGCACCCCUGCUGACGCCCAGUGGUCCCUGUCAGAAGUACUUCCAGCUGACUCGGGCGCAGACUCCUCGGCAGUGUUUAUGGCCAGCAGCGGGCCCACAGAUGUCGCGAAUCGCAACGGCCCAGCCACCCCACCCACCACCCUGAACCUGCGUUCCUCCCACAAUGAACUGCUGAAUGCGGAGAUCAAGCACACAGACGCCAGGAGCAGCACCCCCCCGAAGUGCAGGAAGAAGUAUGCGCUGACGAACAUCCAGGCCGCCAUGGGCCUCUCGGAGCCCGCCGCCCAGCCCCUCCUGGGCAACGGCUCUGCCAAUAUCAAACUGGUAAAAAACGGGGAGAACCAGCUCCGGAAGGCUGCCGAACAAGGGGGGCAGCCGCAGCAGCAGCAACAGGACCCCAAUAGAAACGUCAGCCCCACCGCUGUCAUCAACAUAACUUCUGAGAAGUUAGAGGGCAAAGAGCCCCACCAGGCGGACUCCUCGGGCGGCGACAGUGCCCCCUGCCAGCCUCGCAGAACCAAGAGCUUCCUCAAUUACUAUGCAGACCUGGAAACCUCCGCCCGAGGGCUCGAGCAGAACGUGGGCAACCGCCUGGGGCCUGGGGAGGAGAAAGCCCUGCCAGGCCCAGGGCAGACUGCCCCCAUCGUCAGCGACGGCGAUUUGCUGCUGCAGAAACCAAACCAGCCCCACUCCAGCCCCGAAGACGGCCACGUGGCCACUGUGUCCUCCAGCCCAGAGACCAAGAAGGACCACCCGAAGACGGGCGCGAAGACGGACUGUGCCCUUCACCGGAUCCAGAACCUGGCCCCCAGCGACGAGGAGUCCAGCUGGACCACGCUGUCCCAAGACAGUGCCUCCCCCAGCUCUCCGGACGAGACAGAUAUUUGGAGUGACCAUUCAUUUCAGACCGAUCCGGAUUUGCCGCCCGGCUGGAAAAGAGUCAAUGACAUCGCUGGGACCUACUACUGGCACAUCCCCACGGGCACGACGCAGUGGGAGCGCCCGGUCUCCAUGCCGGCAGACCUCCAGGGCUCCAGGAAAGGGUCCCUGAGUUCUGUCACACCCUCUCCCACCCCGGAGAACGAGAAACAGCCGUGGAGUGAUUUUGCUGUUCUGAAUGGGGGGAAGAUUAAUAGUGACAUUUGGAAGGAUUUACACGCAGCCACUGUUAAUCCAGACCCCAGCCUGAAAGAGUUCGAAGGAGCCACUCUGCGCUACGCCUCCCUGAAGCUCAGACUUGCACCUUUGCCAGGGUCUGGACUCAACCUGCAGGUGUCCCCACCCUGUGAAAAGCCACCCGGAGAGCUGGAGAUGUGA